GCUGAAUCAAUUCUUUAUGUGUAUGUCCAGUCACCAAGACACUCUCCCGACACACAAACAUCUCUCCCCUUAUGUCUUCUUAGUAUGAACACAAAAGCAAAUUGUAAUCACAUAUUUGUCUGAGUUUCUAUUGUAAAACGUGACACUUUGAUCAAUAAUCAAAUGUUAAUCUUGUGGCUCUUUGAAAUUGUUACUGCUUGGCUCAAGGCUGGCAACAAAAAGGGAGGCCUCACACAGAUUACAGAAACAAAAAUGGUUUAUUUAACUCAGACUAAAUUAAAUAAAGGAGCCAAGGCUGGGGUUGAAGGAGCAGGCCAGCAGAGAGAAACUGACUCCCAGAAAGGCUGCCUUUGGUGGCGCUGCAUCAGCUCUUUAUAUAGCUGUAACUUAGUAUUCAAGAGUCUGACUCACUUGAUCUGUGAAAAUCAGCAAGUUUGUGCGACUUUUGAGGUGUUAAGAAGACGCGUUUCCAGCAGGAAGCUGUGGCCUCUAUAUGAUAUAAAUACCGACGAUACAGCACCUCAACCAGCCAGUGAGACAGUAAGCAGCCAAGCAGCAUGGCAAUAACAACUCUCUGUGCUGUCGUUGCCGCUCUGAGCGUCCUUCCCAACAGAUCCCAGUUCUUUCAGUACGAGUCUGUCUCUCUGAGCUGUGGGAAACAGGGAAUCUCUUCUGAGUGGAGCGUUAAGAGGAACACAUCCAAAGACACAAAUGAAGAGUGUCUCAAAUUCUGGGGAAGAAAAAAUUAUUUCCACUGCUUCACAGCUGACCUUUACCCUACAGACACUGGAGUGUACUGGUGUGAGUUUGCAGCAGGAGAGCGCAGUGAAGCCGUCAGCAUCACAGUGACCAGUGGCACUGUGAUCCUGGACAGUCCUGUCCUUCCUGUGAUGGAGGGAGACGAUGUGACUCUGAGCUGCAGAAACAAGAACACCUCCAACCUCAUAGCUGAUUUCUAUAAAGAUGGGCGUCUCAUCAGGAGCAGCUCUACAGGAAACAUGACCAUCCACAGUGUCUCUAAAUCUGAUGAAGGACUCUACAAGUGCAACAUCUCUGGAACUGGAUCACCAGACAGCUGGCUGACUGUCAGAGGACAUCCUGAGCCGCCUAAAUUCUCUCUCGAACACAUUCUACUUCCUGUGGUGGUGGUGAGCCUCUUGUUGAUCUCAGUGAUGCUGCUCUGCCUCUGGAGAAGCCACAAAGGUAAAACUGACCCUGAUGUCUCCUACACUGAUGUGAUUGUCACACAGGAAGAGCAGCCAAACAGAAUCAGAGAUAGAAAAGCUGCACUGACGUUCUACACUAAAGUGAAAGCAGGAAACCACUGACAGGAAACUGCAGCACCAGUACUGUAAAAAUCAUAACUGUAUGGAUUAUACAGAAGAAAUGUGCUUUUAGAGGAAACAGAAACUCUCAGUUUCAUUGUGUAAAUAUCCAGAAUUGGAGAUUUAAAUGUCUGUUUUUGGAGUCGCCCCCACUAACUUGUGAUGAGUCACUGAGUUUCUUUACAGAUAUUUAAAUAAUGAUGUUUGAAUCCAGCAGAUGACUGUAAGUCUAAUAUUCAGCUCCUGAGAAAAAUGUCUGUCUGGUGCUGGACAGGUGGUGCAGUUCGGAUCUAGAAAACAAACAAUGAUCCAGAGUAGACGUAAACUGUCCACACAGCUGACGUUGUCUGUGGAGACCAACCCGUUCUCACAAACCAAACAAAUAAAAACACUCAUUGUUGACUUUUUGUUUCUCACGUGAAACAAACACUGGUCUCUUGAUUGAAAGUCCAGUUUCCAUCCACGCCAAACACCUCCUUACUCAGACUUUACUGUUACAAAUUAUAGACCUUUAGCGUUAUAAAACAAGGCUACGGGGCUCCCCAGUGCGUAACAGAGAUGAUGAUUGAUCGUGUAUCAAUAAAAAACAAUGAUCCUGAGUAGACGUGGGAGUGAGAACGGGUUGUAUUAUUUUGUCACUCUGAGUAACACCUUUUAAUUUCUCUCAUUUCUGACCACAAAGUAUGAAAUGUGUUUUGGAAUCUGUCUUUAAUAAAGAUGAAAAACUAAAA